GAGGGCGGGAGAGGGAGGUGGGAUCCCGAGACGAGAGAGAGAGGCAGUCGCUGGCUAAAGACGCCAUUGAGCGAUCCGCGCGCCGAACCGCGCUCCGUAUCAACGCGGAACCCGGCGCACUUCGCCAGCGCCGUCCUCAUCAGCAUGCCGCGACGGAAGCAGCAAGCGCCGAGGCGUGCGUCCGCUUACAUCGAUGACGACGAAUUUGCGGAAGACUGCGCGCACGAGGAGGAGUCCGGAGAGGCGAGUGAAGAUGAUCCUCGGGUCCCGAGUCCUUCCCAGAGACUGGAGCAGCAGCAGCAGCAGGAGCAUGAACCUCUUUCACUCAGGGCGCUCACGCAGACAAGGGACAAUCGAUGUGUCAAUGUCGACAGCAACGGGAACCACCACCGUGUCGAGGGCAGUGACGACGAGGGUGAUAACAACAACGAUGUUGGCGACGACGAUGACGGCGGCGGUGGUGGCGACGCCGAUGAAGGCAUCAACAAUCACAGCCACAACCACCACCACCACCAACAUCACCACCGCCGCAGAAGCAGCAACAGCAGCAGCAACAGGAUGAAGAACGGCAUCACCAGCCAGCUGAACAACAGCGGCAGCAGCAACAAUGCCAACGGUGGCAACGGCAAUGGCAUUGAUGAUGAUGACGAUGAUGAUGACGACGGCGGUGGUGGUGGCGGCGGUGAGAUGGAGGAGGACGCGGAGGAGGAAGAGGAGGAGAUGGCCGACGACGACGGCGACAUUGACGACGAUCGCGGGGUUGCGCUGGAGAAGGAAGCGACUGCAGCGGCGGCGGCUGACAGCGGAGUUGGGGCCCCCCCGGCCAAGUCGGCCCCCCACUUCUGCUCGGGCAACAACAGCAACGGGCAGACGGACUCGGACAAGGCGGGCAGAAGACGCGCGGCGCAACAAGAGGAGGAGGCGGCGGCGACGACGACGAAUGCGGACGAGGAGGAGGAGGACAAGAAGAAAGAUCCCGUGUCUCCAUCUGUGAUCGAGGACAGCCUCUCGCAGAUGAAAGCUGCCUAUGCCAACUUCCUCUCGAGCUCCUAUUGGUCCACGGUGGGUAGCUUCAGCUACGCUCAGCCCAACGGUGCCAGCGGAGGCGGCGGCGCGGGCGCCAACUUCGACUGGCACCGCGCGGCCGUGGCCAAGAGCCUGCGGCAGGCGACGUCCCCCUCGACGCCGUCGCCGCUGUGCGCGCAGGACCAGCAGUGCGGCCUCUUCAGCUCCGUGCAGCUCUACCGCCAGAGCAGCAAGCUGUACAGCCCCGUGUUCACGGGCGCCAGCAAGUUCCGCUGCCGCGACUGCAGCGCCGCGUACGACCGCCUCGUCGACCUCACGGUGCACAUGAGCGAGACGGGCCACUACCGCGACGAGAGCAUGCGCGCGGCAAACGGAGGCGCCGACAGCUCGGGCAACCGGCAGGCGUGGUCCAAGCCACGCAAGCGCUCGCUCAUGGAGAUCGAGGGCAAGGAGGAGGCCCAGAAGGUGCUCCGCUGCCUUUGCUGUGGCCACGCGUUCGAGUCGCUGCAGGACCUCAGCGUGCACAUGAUCCGCACGAAGCACUACCAGAAGGUGCCCCUACGCGAGCCCAUGGCGGCCCUCACCGCUAAGCCGUGCCACGCCGCCAAGAAGCGGCCGCACCUCGAGACGACGGCGGCGGUGGCGGCGGCCGCGGCGGCCGCGGCCGAGCGCGCGUGCAGCUCGCCCGAGUCGACGGUGAGUGACGCGGCCGCGACGCCGCCAGCCAAUCAGCUGUCGGGCAAUCACAAGGGACAGGUGGCGGGUUCCAACUGCCCGGCUCGCUCCUCCUCUACCACCGCCAACACCACCACCACCACCUCCUCCCAUCACCACCAUCACCAGAACGGCACCAGCUACUCGUGGCAGUUUGAGUCGCAGAAAGCGCACAUCCUCAAGUGCAUGGAGUGCGGCAGCUCACACGACACCCUGCAGCAGCUCACGGCUCACAUGAUGGCCACGGGCCACUUCAUCAAGCUCACCGCGCCCGCCAACUCCUCCUCGUCCUCGUCGUCGUCGCUGCUGCUGGCGAGGAAAAGCAAGCAGGUGAACUUCGAGGCGCACGCGGCCGACGACAAGGUGCAGAGCGUGCACCUCGGAGCGACGAGCAAGCUCGGCGCCGUGCCUCCGCCGGCGGUCGCGGCGGUGAAGGUCGAGAGGCAGUCGGCGAGGGACGGUGAUCGCCACGCGGGCGCCGAGGGCAAGAAGGCGACCGUCAAGGACAAGAAGAGCGAGCAACGGGACAAGCGGGAGACCUCGCCGGCUGAGAAGGGAGUGACGGCGCCGUCGCCCGAUUUGCCCAAACACCAGGAGGCGGACCUGCCCUCCCAGUUUGACUACCUGAAGGAGGAGGACCUCUCCGAGAGCUCCAAGGAGGGAGGCCUGGACAUCCUCAAGUCCCUGGAGCACACGGUGGCGUCCAUCAUCAGCAAGGCGCAGAACGGCAGCGGGAGCUGGGGCGGCUACCCGAGCAUUCACGCCGCGUACCAGCUGCCGGGCCACGCGGCGCGGCCCGUGCACACGCCGAGCGUCACCCCGAGCAAGCUGGUCCUACGCGACGACCUCGAACUCCAGCAGCAGCAUCACCAUCAUCACCAUCGGCAGCAGCCGUCGCCGCCACCGCCGCGCUCCCACGUGGAGUCGUCGUCGUCGUCGCCUUCUUCGUCGGCGGCGACGACUCCAUCGCCGCCCGCGUCGCCGCACGGUGCCAAGGUGCCGCUGCUCGUGCCGUCGCCGCCCGUGCAGCCGCUGCCGAGCAACGUGCGCGCCAUGGAGGAGCUCGUGCGCAAGAUGACGGAGAAGGUGAACUCGUCCUCCGCCACCUCCUCGUCCUCCUCCCCCUUCUCCGCCGCGUCGUCAACGCGGACGAUGAGGGACGCCUCGGAGUCGAAGGGCGCGCCGCCGAGGACCGCCGUCGUCGCCGGGAAGCGCGAGGCCCGAGACGACAAGGGUCACGCGGCCAGGGGCGCCGAGCUCUUCGGUGGCCGCGAUGUCAAGUGGGACCUCGGCCAGGAACUUCGGAGGAAGGCGAGCCACGAAGCGAGGAGGGGGGUGGGCGCCAGGGAUACCCGCGAGAGGCACGCGCGUGAGGCGCAGCGGCUUGGCGGUGCCGGUGGCGGCGGCGGCGGCGGGGAGCGACUACGAGCUGUGAAGGUGGAGAGGACGAUCGAGGUGAAGGACGAGGCGACGCGCGGGGCUUCUCCUCCGGCCGGCGUGGAGGCGAGCGCCGUGUGCUUGAAGGUGGAGGGCGCGCAGGGCAUGGGCCGCAGGGACGGAAGCUGCGCAGCGGUGGCGGCGGCGACGGCUGUGGCGGCAGCGGCGGCGGAGGCGGUGGUGGCAGCCGCGGGUGGCGCGAACAAAACGUACGAAGCCCGGAAUGGCAAGAGCAUGGAUGAGAAGCCAUUCUCCUCCUCUUCCUCCUCCUCCUCGUCCUCCUGCACACCUCCCGGUUUCAGCAGCCUCUCCAUCAUCACUGAGCAUCCGGGCGAGCCCUGUCUCGUGAACCCGCUGAGCGCGCUGCAGUCGGUCAUGAACGCGCACCUCGGCAAAGCGGCCAAGCCUCUGUCGCCCGCGCUGCUCGACCCGCUUAGUAGGCUCCACCGCCUCGGCGGCGCCUCUCUCGACAGACCUCACUCGGCGGCGGCCACGGCGACGGCCCUCCCCGCGUCGCUCGGGCACGCCCGGCACGCCGACAGGGCCGCGGGCAGGGACGAGCGUGUGCCGGCCUUCGCGGCCCGCGGGGAGCCAUCGAGCGACCAGCCCAUGGACCUGACCAAGUCCAAACCGGCGUCGGCGGCCGCGGAGCGGUGCCGCGCGGGCGGCAGCGUCGCCGCGAUGCCCCUGAUGCUGGCGGCGUCGCCCGCCGGCGAGAACGCGCUCUCCGACAUCUCGGACCUGGUGCGCAACCUCGCGGGGCGCCUCACGCCCAAGCCGCCCACCCCGUCGAGCACCACGUCGAGCGUGGCGGCCUCCGACAGGUCCGACGGCGGCGACGCCUGCGGAGGCACCCCAGACGAGGACGCGGCAGAGGCCGAGCGGGGCCCAAUAGGAGGCGGGGCGGGGGGCUCGGCGGCCUCCGCGGCCGCGGCGGCGGCGGCGGCCGCCGACGUUUCGGGAAAGCAGCGUAAGGCCGGCCGCCAAUCGGCGUGGAACCCGCGCCACCUCCUCCUGCUGCAGGCGCAGUUCGCCGCGAGCCUCCGACAGACCGCGGACGGCCGCUACGUCAUCUCGGACCUCAGCCCGCAGGAGCGGCUGAACGUGGCGCGGGCCACGGGGCUAUCGGCGAGCACCAUAAGCCACUGGCUGGCCAACGUCAAGUACCAGCUGCGGCGCACGGGCGGCACGAAGUUCCUCAAGCACAUGGACACGGGGCGGCCCGUGUUCUACUGCUGCGACUGCGCCAUGCAGUUCCGCACGCCGCCCGCCUACGUUGGUCACGCCGAGGCGCACCUGGGCUUCGGUUUGCGCGACCUCAGCAAGGUGGCCGUGGUGGAGAGGACGGGCGUGGAGGGAUUGGCGGUGGGUUCGCAGCAGGCCGUGUCUCCAUCGCCGCCGCCGCCGCCGCCGCAAUCGGUCGCGGCGGUAGCGGUGGCAGCGGUGGCAGCAACAGCAGCAGCAGCAGCCGCGCCUCGUGACGAGCCCGAGUGCGGAGCGCCGUGCCGGUGCCAGCUGUGCGGGAGAGCGUUCAGCAGCAGGCACGCGGUGAAGCUGCACCUCAGCAAGGCGCACUCCAAGUCCCCCGAGGACCACGUGAUGUUUGUGAGCGACGUGGCUGCGGAUCAGCCGGCGCCGCAACCGCAAGCUUAGGGCCUGGUAAGCAAUGGCGAUGAUGACGAUGGUGAUGAUGGCGAGGAUGAUGAUGGUGAGGAUGAUGGUGAUGAUGUUGGUGAGGAUGUUGAAGAUGAUGAUGCCUCCACACACGGCGCAGAUGAGUGAAUGGGAGUGGGCGGUGAGGGGAUGAUGAGUGGUGUCCACUGGCUGAGGAAUCUGCAGAGCGAACUCCACUCCUGGUUUUGCAGUCUCGGGUGAUGGUGCGUGUGGCAGUGCAUUGAGUUGAGAGACUGUGAACGCGAUGGUAGUGGUGUCGUUAUAAGCGCUGUUCCCGACGCAUCCACAACACACACACACGCACGCGUGCACGCGCGGGCUUUCUUUCAUCUUUUGUACGGCUGCUGCUGAUGUAGGAUGUCACGUGCAGGGGGUUAAGCUCAGACAAGCGCGACAUGAGCAGCAGAGUUGUACCGCUGUGAUGUCUCCUUCGUAUUUGUGGAUCGGGCAUUGCAAUAUGCGCAUUUACAUUAUACAUAUUCGCAGUAAUUCCUCGAUAUACGAAGCAGAUGCAUUCCUGGAGCUUAUCAUGCACGUAUGAACGUCGUAAACUGUAUCUAGUAACGUAUACUAUUAGUUCUAGAUAUACUAUUAGUACUAUGUGGAUGCGUUCCCAGCCUUCGUAACUUGCCAUGUCAUACUGUGAAUAACGACAAUUUAUAUCGAAAAUAAUAUAAUAUUUUAUAUUGCACAGUGGGACCACUUUCGCCGAUAAGACAUCACCGGCGUGAGGGCCGCCACACAUUUGAAACCAUUGGGGGUUUGACAGCAGCACGACGAUGAAGAUGAUGAUGAUGAGGGGUGUUCUCACUAUUUGUGUACUGUCGGAGGCCGCACGUCACGCGGCAGCACUAAAGGUCACCAGCGGCCGUCAGUAGCCCACGAGCCAUGCAAUGAAGUCCAUUGCCUUAAUAGGUGCUCGACGGCAGCUCCAACGCAGGCACAGAUACGUACACGCUUUACUCCCUGCGGUGCCACUAAAGCUCAACGCGUUCAUCAAAAACACUGCACUCGAAGUAACAAAACUUAUCCUUAUUAUAGGCGACGUUUCGGGAAAUGGCCCUUCUUCAUGGCACACAUCAUUGACACGGAACGUGUUGGAUUUUUUUGCGGAUGUUUUGUGGACUGUGCUUGUGCGCCACUGGCAACGCAUCAGCAUCACCAACAUAACAUGUUUAACAACAACAACACCAACACACAACAACACCAACAACAACAACACAACAACAACAAAAACAACAACAACGGAUCAUCACAGACGCGGCCAAACGUGGAGUCGAACCCAGGUCCGAAUCUCACGGCUGCCGUCUCAUCGCUCACAGCUCGGAGCGCUCAGUGACUCCCUCCCCACCACCCUGUGAAGUUCGGGACUCUCACCACGCCACAAAACCGGUCCUUCUCAAGGUCGACUCAGCCUCAAACGAGUCGCUGGUGCGACGUGUGAACAUCGGGAGACAAAGGGACUCGGCCGGGCGUGGGUUCUACCCACCCAGCCCCCUCGUGUGCCGUGCCGGCCUUUCAUAGGCGCUACUCGCUAACAGCACUUGCCCACAACAGUUUCUUAAGGCUAUCGUGGUGGCGAAGGGGGGAAUCUUUGUCUUUGUGCGGUGCAAGACCCACGCGGUUGAUAGAAGCGCGCAAUUGCACGUAAACACAUUGCAGCCAUUCAUCACACAGCCCCCGCGCACAGCUCUGCUCCGUACACUUGUGAGUUGCUAGGACAAUAAACGUGAGAUCACAUGGGCAAUGUAAAAUGCUCCUGCAGGCUGUAAAGCACUUAUUUUCAUAUUGAAUAUUUUGUCCAUGCCUAUCAUAAACAAUUUAAUACACAUAAUGCACGUGCUCUGUGUGUGUCUGUGUGCUCGCGCGUGUGUGCUCGUGUGCGUGUGUGUGUGGUGGGAG